CAGCUCAAGUAAUUUGCGGUUAUUUCUAACGAACAAUUAAUUAAAAUAUUUUUUUGUCUUAACAUAUCUCAUAAAUUGCACCUGCGAAUGUUUUUCAACUAUUUCUAAAAUAGAAAAUAUAAUAUGGGACCACCAAAGCGUUUUAAAAAGGAUACUGAUCGUGGUAAAUGGAAAAAACGGAAAGAGGACCAUGAUCCAGAUUAUGUUAACGAUGAAGAUUAUAAUGAAAAUGAUGCCGAGGGCAUACCAGAUGCAGCAAAAAACGAUGUUGAAAAGCAAGAUGAAGGUGCACUUGAAGAUGAAUUUGGAGCAAAGGAUUAUCGUUCACAAAUGAUUCUUAAAACGGACAAUAUUUCAAGGCCUUUGUGGGUUGCUCCUAAUGGACAUAUUUUUUUAGAAUCUUUUUCACCAGUUUAUAAACAUGCGCAUGAUUUUCUGAUUGCGAUAUCAGAGCCGGUGUGCAGGCCAGAACAUUUGCACGAAUAUAAAUUAACAGCUUAUUCUUUAUACGCUGCUGUAAGUGUAGGAUUACAAACACACGACAUAAUUGAAUAUUUAAAAAGACUGAGUAAAACAAGCAUUCCCGAUGGUAUUAUAGAAUUUAUAAAGCUUUGCACAUUAUCGUAUGGAAAAGUGAAACUUGUUUUGAAACACAAUAAGUACUUUAUUGAGUCACCUUUUCCAGAAGUGCUUCAGAAAUUAUUAAAAGAUCCUGUUAUACAGAACUGUAGAUUAAGGAAGAACAUUGAAGAUGAAACCAAAGAUAAGGAUGGCCUCAUCACUAGUGUUUUAAAUAAGAAUAAAGCACCACAGUUUGGAGCCAAAUCCCUUCCAAUUGUAAAUCAACCGGCUUCAGGAGGUGCGCCAACAGUAUCUAAUGAUAGCGCGACCCCAAAUCAAACGAAUAUCGAAGAGAUUGCAAUUCCUGAAGACAUAACUACGUUUUAUGAUAAAAUUGACAAAGAGGAUGAAGACGAGGAGGAGCAACAAUUAAAGACUGUUAGUUUCGAAGUAAAUCAAGAAAAAAUUGAAGUAAUUCAGAAAAGAUGUAUUGAAUUGGAGCAUCCAUUGCUAGCGGAGUAUGAUUUUCGAAACGAUUCUGUUAAUCCAGAUAUAAAUAUCGAUUUAAAACCAUCGACGGUUUUAAGGCCUUAUCAAGAAAAGAGCUUACGUAAGAUGUUUGGUAAUGGUCGGGCGAGAUCUGGUGUCAUUGUAUUACCUUGUGGUGCUGGUAAAAGUUUAGUAGGCGUGACGGCAUGUUGUACAGUAAGGAAGCGGGCCUUGGUCCUAUGUAAUUCUGGAGUUUCGGUUGAACAAUGGAAGCAACAAUUUAAAAUGUGGUCGACUGCCGACGAUUCUAUGAUAUGUCGAUUUACUAGCGAAGCCAAAGAUAAGCCCAUGGGUUGCGGAAUCUUAGUCACGACAUAUUCAAUGAUCACGCAUACCCAAAAAAGAUCCUGGGAGGCUGAGCAGACUAUGAGAUGGCUGCAAGAUCAAGAGUGGGGAAUUAUGGUUUUAGAUGAAGUCCACACUAUUCCUGCAAAGAUGUUCCGAAGAGUUCUAACGCUAGUUCAGUCUCAUUGUAAACUGGGAUUAACGGCUACACUUUUACGAGAGGAUGAUAAGAUUGCUGAUCUUAAUUUUCUGAUUGGUCCGAAACUUUAUGAAGCAAACUGGUUAGAAUUACAGAAAAGGGGAUUUAUUGCAAGAGUCCAGUGUGCCGAGGUUUGGUGUCCGAUGACACCGGAAUUUUAUAGAGAGUACUUAGGUUGCAAAAUGACUAGGAAAUUGCUCUUAUAUGUUAUGAAUCCGAAUAAAUUUCGCGCUUGCCAAUACUUGAUUCGUUAUCAUGAACGACGUGGCGACAAAACUAUCGUCUUUUCUGAUAAUGUGUUUGCAUUGAAGCAUUACGCCAUUAAGAUGAAUAAACCCUAUAUUUAUGGACCUACUAGUCAGAGCGAAAGAAUACAAAUUCUACAAAAUUUCAAAUACAACAUGAAAGUUAAUACAAUUUUUGUAAGUAAAGUGGCAGAUACGUCUUUUGAUUUGCCAGAGGCUAAUGUAUUGAUUCAGAUCUCCUCGCACGGUGGAUCACGAAGACAAGAGGCACAGAGAUUAGGUCGAAUUCUUCGAGCUAAGAAAGGGGCGAUUGCCGAAGAGUACAAUGCAUUUUUUUAUACAUUAGUGUCUCAAGACACAAUGGAAAUGAAUUAUUCUAGAAGGAGACAGCGUUUCCUCGUAAACCAAGGAUAUGCGUACAAAGUAAUUACAAAACUUGCUGGAAUGAGCGAUGAGCCUGAUAUGAUGUACAAAACACGAGACGAACAAGGACAGCUGCUGCAGCAAGUAUUGUCGGCGAACGAUACGGACGCGGACGAGGAGAAAAUUCCAGGAGAAGGACCUCGUCCGAUGAUUCGCAAAGCAGGCAACAUGGCGUCUCUAUCCGGAGCUGACGAUGCGGUUUAUUACGAGUAUAAAAAAUCCGCUGCAUCGUCAACGGCGAACAAACAUCCACUAUUUAAGAAAUUUAGAACAUAGCAUCAUGCUUAUUAAAUUAUAAAUUUUCCAUUUAAUUUAAUUCAUAUGAGUAGUACAUAAUGUGUAUAUAAAAAUAAAAGCACAAAGGAGAUUCUCGUUUGUAUAUAUAGUCUACCUCAUUAAUAUCACGAGAGAGGGAGAGAGAGAGAGAGA